UGGAGUGCGGUGGCUCAGUGGCUCGACCGCUCGCCUCCCCUCCUAAGAGUCGUUGGUUCAUCCUCAAGGCACCACCUAGUCCACCCGCACCGUCCCCCAUGGUAUUGUACCCGCACAGUCAGCCCCCCAUGGUAUUGUACCCGCCGUCAGCCCCUUUAUUGUACCCGUACCGUCAGCCCCCAUGGUAUUGUAUUACCGUACUGUCAGCCCCAUGGUAUUGUACCCGCACCGUCAGCCCCCAUGUUAUUGUCCGCACCGUCAGCCCCCAUGGUAUUGUGUUGCCGCACUGUCGCCCCCAUGGUAUUGUACCCGCACCGUCAGCCCCCAUGGUGUGUACCCACUGUCGCCCCCAUGGAAUUGUGUACCCUCACCGUCAGCCCCCAUGGUAUUGUACCCACCGUCAGCCACCAUGUUACCCCACCGUCAGCCACCAUGGUAUUGUACCCUCCGUCAGCCCCCAUGGUAUUGUACCCACCGUCAGCCCCCAUGGUAUUGUACCCACACCGUCAGCCACCAUGGUAUCUCACCACCUGACACAACUAUAA